AUGGAGGUCGAGGCCGGCACGAGCCUGGUGGUCGUGCUGGCACUGAUGUUCUUCGGCUCCCUGCUGGCCAGUGCCCUCCCCUUCAUGUUUCAGAUCAGGGGGAACAGCAUGAAGGUGGUGGCAGGGCUGGGAGGUGGCCUCCUCCUGGGCACUGCCCUGUCCAUCGUGGCAGAGGAGCAUGGGCAUGCCGGGCACGGGCAUGGGGCCGACGAUUGGUCGGGCGCCAUCCUCGUGCUGGGCUUCCUCGGCAUGAUGGCCCUGGACCGGUCCCAGCCCGGCCACGGGCACGGGUGUGGGGGUCAUGCCCACGAGGCACGCCCUCGCGGCCGGCCCGGCGGCCGCGAGGGGCCCCCCAGCCCCACGCGGAAGCCGGGGGCCGUCGAUCCCGCCGUCCUGGGGCUGCUGGUGCACUGCGCCGCAGAUGGCCUGGCACUGGGGGCCGCAGCACUGUCUGGCAACACGCAGCUCAGCCUCAUCGUCUCGGUGGCCAUGCUGGCCCACAAGGCCCCCAUGGCGUUCGGGCUGUCCACCUACCUCAUAGGCCGCGGGGCGGCGUGGCGCGAGGCGCGAGGCAGCCUCCUGGCCUUUGCGGGGGCGGCGCCUGCCUCGGCCACGCUGACGUACGCUCUCCUGUCCCUCUUGCCCGGCGGCGCCAGCUCCCCCACGCUUGUCGCACGCAGCCUCCUGGCCUCGGGCGGCACCUUCCUGUAUGCCGCCACGAUGCACAUCCUGCCAGAGGUGCUAGCGGGUGCUGGGCCAGGGACGGUGGCGGCGACGGCGGGGGGUGCCCUGCUCCCGGCGCUGCUCGCCAGCCUGGGGCUGGGCCAUGCGCACUGA